CAGCGAUGUUCGAUUGUUUUGGACUGCAAACAAGAUGGCCGUUGACUGUCAACCGUAAUAAUUCUCAGACAGUUGUUAUUUUCUGAUAUCAGCUAAUAUUUGAAAGUUCCUGACAGAAAUGGGUUUAUCACAGAGUUCAGAAGUAUCCGAAGGAGGAACCUAUGGAUACCAUGUGCACGGCGUGCAGCCGAAUUCCCCUGCAGAAAUGGCCGGACUGCAGCCCUUCUUUGACUUCAUUCUGUCGCUGGACAACAAAAGACUUAAUGAGGAAAAUGACCUGCUGAAGGAGCUUCUGAAAGCCAACAUGGAGAGAGCAGUGAGGAUGGAGGUGUACAGCACUAAAACCACAAGGGUCCGUGAGCUGGAGGUGGUGCCCAGUACCAUGUGGGGAGGACAGGGCCUGCUAGGUGCCAGUGUUCGCUUCUGCAGCUACCAAGGAGCCAAUGAGAAUGUCUGGCACAUUCUGGAUGUGGAACCCAGUUCACCUGCUGCAUUGGCAGAGCUUCAGCCACACAGUGACUACAUUGUUGGAGCAGAUCAAGUGUUGCAAGAUUCAGAAGACUUCUUCUCGCUGAUUGAGGCCCAUGAAGGGAAGCCCCUGAAGCUGAUGGUGUACAACACACAAACGGACGCCUGCAGAGAGGUGGUGGUCACACCAAAUGGAGCGUGGGGCGGAGAUGGCAGUUUGGGUUGUGGCAUUGGUUAUGGCUACUUGCACCGAAUCCCAGCGCAUCCUGAUGUAUCGACGGCAAAGCCUCCCAAUCUGGUUCCCGAGGAUAAACCCUCCCCAGAGCUGCCUACCCAUGGAUUCAUGGAGGCACCAUUGGUGGCACCUUCGAGUCAAAGUGAAGAUGCGUUAGACCUGGAGCAGGUCACCCUCCAGGAAGCUCCUCUACCUCCACCCGUCCGGAGGGUCAUGGACCCUGGUUUCUCAGACUCUGAAGGGGCAGUGGUGAACCCUGACCCUGCAGAUUUGGCGGACAGACUGGAUCUGUCCAUGUCGUCCAUCGACAUGACCAACACUGCACUGGCUAUGAACGAGGAGAAGGACGGGGAAAUCUCUGGUGUUGAGGAGCUAGAGGACAGUGUUCUACUUUCGUCGUCAGCAGACAGCCAGACUGAGCCACAAGAGCUGAGCUCCCAGGCAGCCAUGGACCUCACCUCUGCUCUCGCUUCCACUGACACUUUGUCUGAUUCAGGCGUCACAACCGCUGAACCAUCUCACCUGGUUACAGACCUACCUGGCUCUCUGUGUGAAUCUAGCGAUAGCCUGAGUUCCCCUAUGCGUGAAUUGUCUCUUCCCGUAGAGUCCCUAGAGUCUCCUGCUGAGCCCUCUGUCCCAGCUGAAGUCCCUCCCUGCCCGUCUCCUGUCGAUCUCCUCCAGUCCUCUGCUGUCGAUGAGCCAAUGGCAGCCGAUUCUCCUGCUCAGGCCAUCGAGGAUGCAGCAGGGCCAGCGGAGGAGCCUGCAGAGCCUCUAGAUAUGGCUCCCGCUCACCACUGCAGCCACGAGAGCGAUGGGAACGAACCAGAAGAAGAGCCGCCUCUUGAGUAAGCUUGUAUCAGGCCGUACAAAAAUGCAAAGUGAAGUUGACAAUCACUGGGGCUUUUUUUUUUUAAAGAAACACUAUAGGAACUACAGGACAGACACUAAUAGUCUUACAAAAAGCAUAUGGCUCCUUCAUCAGUUUAGUUACACUACAGAAUCCAGGUAAAGCAUUAGCAUAUAAGUAGAAAAAUACUAAGACACUGUAGGACCAUCCUAUUUGUUUUAAAUGUGUGGGAAUUGAAAGUUACUGCUAAUUUGUACACCAAGGUUAUAAUGUCAUCAACAUUUUUCCAUGCCUGGUGCAAAAUUAGAUUAUACGGGUGACAAGACUUUGCUUCUAGUACACUAAUGUGAUAAAUACUUGAACACUUCCAAAGACAAACACAUACAUUUACUACAGCAAAGCUCAGCUGCACCUUAAUAUCCACUACCCUAAGUUUUUGAAGCUACCAGACUGUUGGCAGUUCAUAUCAGUCGUCAUAGUCUUGAGGUGCAGUGCUGCAUCUGUUGUCUACGUGUUUCAAAGAACAAAUGAUUCCCAAAAUAGAACUUUUAAAAAUAACUUGCAUAUAGGAUUAUGAGAAGGACAUUUUUACAGUAGUUUAUGGCCAAUGUAUUGGAUUUUUAAGUGUUGGUAUGAGGAAAUAUUUGUGCAUUUGUGCUGCGUGAAACCAGUCCAGUACAGGUUUUUACCCCAAAUUUGAUGAGGUCAAUAUGUUUUACACAUCAUCUUUUAAGCCGGGUUUCGACACAAGGAUCUGGGGUCUUUUAAAGUCCCUCACCUCGAGAAUAAAACAAUAAGUGCCUGUCUCUACUAGAUCAUCUGUUGAGUCAUGGUUAUUUAUUUGUGCUUUAGAAAGCAACCGCUGUAAAGCAAGCAAUCAGCAAAUAUUUUGUAUUUCACAGCUCCGUUCUUUUGCUCUCUCUCUCACCUUCGCUCACUCGAGACGUAGCCAGCGUCUCUGCAGCCAAUGCAGUUCAGUGUGGCGCUGGCAGCAAAGCCUAAAUUUACUUUUAAUGUUAUCAAACAAAGAGAAAUGCUCUCUCCUCUGUACUUUCUUCUUUUUAUCAGUGAGUUGAAGCAGCAAUGCGGUGUGUGUUUGACCAGUCAGCGAUGGUCAUCCAUGCAAACCCUACCCCGAAGGUUCCUGUACUUUCAGAAAGUAGUUCCUACUGAUCAGGGACUUUUUGGGGGGUAAAAAGGCUCAGAAAAAUGUCACAGAUCUAAAUGUAGAUCCUGGUCCCUGAGGUCGAGCGCAAAGAGUUCCUCGGAUGAUCCCUAGUUCUGGGGGAAAAAUUCCUGUGGUCGAAACUCGGCUUUUUAUUUGAUUUAUUCAGCCACGCAAUGUUUGAAAACAAUUUUUACUGUUUGUAUCGAUGGAAUUAUGUCCCCCAUGUUUAAUUCAACACUAUAUUUACUUUGUAAUCUAUGCAACAAUAGACAAGUACUGCCUGUGGGUAGACAGGUAAGGUUUAAAGCCAAUAGAUAUGUCAUAUACAGUAUGUGAGAAGUCUGGUCAGAGUGAUGCUGCUGUUGAGUAAUUGUUUUCCAACUUUCUACGGGGCUUCUUAAAGUUUUUCACUGUCAAAGUAGGUGCAAGUGUGUAAAAUAAGGUAUAGUAUUUUUGCAGAUAUUUUAUCAAUUGUACGUUUUAUUAGGAAUGAGUGCAGUAUUUGUUGAUGAAUGUGAAAUGGGUGAAUCUUUGAUGGUUAAACAAUCAUAUCACUUGA